UACAUACUUAUCUAUCUGCACCUACAUCGGAUUGUGACGUCAUCGAAUGAGGUGUUAUUUAUAAAAUUUCCAAGAUUUCUCGUACUUUGAACUUGCCCAUAAUCUGUACUUCGUACCAAUUACCGAUGUACAUCAAUCAAUGAUCUAUACAUGUGAACUUUGCAUUCUAACUGAGGGAAGACAUAUGGAAAACUUACUGUGACAAGGAAGAUAUUUACAUAAAUUGAAGAAACAAGAAAAAUGAGUUUGCAGUGGACACUGAUUGCUGGUUUUCUUUACGCUGAAAUUAUUUUUGUGUUAUUAUUAGUUUUACCAGUAGCAUCGCCUACUAGAUGGAACAGGCUUUUCAAAUCAAGAUUCCUAAAAAAUAUAACUGGUAAAGCUACAAUCUAUUUUGUGGUUCUUCUCAUUCUAUUAGUCUUAGUGUUAUUAGAUUCUAUAAGAGAAAUGCGAAAAUAUACUACAGCUACAGAACAUUUAGGAGAACGUGCUCACUUAGAUGCUGAAAUGCAAGGUAACAUGAAAUUAUUCAGAGCACAAAGAAAUUUUCAUUUAUCAGGUUUUGCACUAUUCUUAGUCCUAGUUAUACGCCGUCUUGUGGUAUUAAUUUCUACUCAAGCAACAUUGUUAGCAUCAAGUGCAGCAGCUAUGCGACAAGCAGAGUCUGCAACAACAACAGCAAAAAGUUUAUUGUCACAAAAGACAACUGGAGAAAGUGCACAAAAUGAUUCAAAUGAAGCAUGUGAUAAAGCUGUAUCUGAAUUAAAAAAUCAGCUUAAAGAAUUACAAGAUAAAAAUCAAGAAUUAGAAAAACAGAUCGAGAAGGAACAAAAGGAUAAAAUGGCUAUAAAAUCACAAGCUGAAUCCCUUGCUAAAGCAUAUGAACGUUUAUGUGAUGAACAUGCCACGGUAUCUGCUUCAGAUGGUGAUAAGAAAAAUGAUUAAAUUAUAAUUCAUUAAGAACAGUAUACAUUUACUUACUAAAUUAAUUUACAAUAAACAUAUAGUAUUUUAUUUAAAUAUAAGAUUUAUGAUAUUAAAAUAAGCUAUCUUUUACACUUUCAAUUUAAAAUUCUGUUGAAAAUUUAGAAUACGUGUUACUUCGUACACUUAUUUUACUAAAGAAUUAAGAAAAUAAAUCUUUGUGAUAAAGACAUCUAAGUAUGCGUGUCUGCAUAACAAUGCAGUGUUAAGCUGACAAGAUAUAUAUAGUAUGUAUGGUUUCAUUAGUUAGAGAUUUGUUAAAAGAGGUGUCUUCGUUAUUUUACACAUGUAUAUGUAUGUACGAAGCUGUGGCUAUUGACUUGUUAAUGAAUUUUAACUUGAAUUUUCAACUUAGCAACUACAUAAAGUGAUGUACACUCUAAGUCUAUCAUUUUUACAUAUAUGUUCAUAACGUUUCCACCCAUCUAGUUUACGAAAGAACAACCUCUUAAUAUAUGACUUAUGAUAAGUAAAGUGGCCUCUAUAUGCAAAACCCGUGAUACCUACUUAAGAAGGGAUCGAACGAAUUUUUGAGGAAUCAAUUACAUUUCAAGGUAGAUGUAUACAAUUUCUGUAAAAGUCUCGAUAGUAAUAAAAGUUUCGAAGUCUC